AAUUGAUGAUGAUGGAGUUACAAUGAAGUCUUUGCGCAAGCUUCAAUCCUGUAUUCAUGAGGAGGUCCGAAAGGAAGAAGCCGAAAAACAGAUUCAAUUGACACUAGAUCAAUUCUUUUAA